UUAUUCUCUCCUCUCCUCUUGCAGAACUUUGACAUGUUCAUCAGUCACUACAGCAGCGUCAGGACCCCUCCCUGUGUGCACGUUUACAAGCUCAGCGGCUCAGACGAAGACCCCCUCCACAAGCAGCCAAAGUUUUGGGCCAGCAUGAUGGAAGCAGCCAGCUGUCCUGCGGAUUACAUCCCCCCCGAAAUCUUUCAUUUCCACACCCCGUCGGAUGUCGAGCUUUACGGGAUGGUGUACAAGCCACAUGACCUCCAACCUGGGAAGAAGCAUCCCACGGUGCUCUUUGUUUACGGUGGGCCUCAGGUCCAACUAGUGAAUAAUUCCUUCAAAGGGAUCAAGUACCUGCGGCUGAACACGCUGGCGUCCCUCGGCUACGCCGUGGUGGUGAUAGACGGACGAGGCUCAUGCCAGAGAGGCCUUAAGUUUGAGGGAGCUCUUAAGAAUCAGAUGGGCCAGGUGGAGAUCGAGGAUCAGGUGGAAGGUUUACAUUACGUCGCGGAGAAAUACGGGUUCGUCGACCUCAGCCGCGUGGCCAUCCAUGGCUGGUCGUACGGAGGUUUCCUUUCCCUGGUGGGGCUCAUUUACAAGCCCCAUGUUUUCAAGGUGAGCCUUGCUGCCUGGCUGGGACCCGCCGAAAAACUAAAAGGUCUGCCCGACUCUAGAGGGGGGUGGGGCCUACACAUCUCCUUUUGCUAGCCGAAGGAGCCAGUGUUGUCCGUAG